AUGAACCUACAUACCGAGCAAAAAAUUUCCCUGCAAGGCAAAAUUUUUUGCUCAAUUUUAAAAGGUGUCGAGCGGAGAUUUUUCGGUAAAACUCGAGGAAAAGGUGCUUCGGGAGAAGAAGUUAUCACCAACGGCAUUCGGUUUCUUCUUUCUAUAUGCGGAGCUCCUAAAAAAACUACCUGCUUUCAUACGUAUCGAUAUGCAUGUUUCGUUAAAAAUUCUAAAAGUAAAAAACAAGUUCAAUUAGCUUGUCUUCCUCCAACCUCAAUGGCUGCUUAUCAACAUCUUUUUCGGGUAUAUUACCAAGUUCAAGUGUGGCUUGGUUAUCAGGUAGAACCUAAAGACUGGGUUCAAACUUUACUCCCACCUGCGCCGGAAAAACUGCUGAACACAAUUUUUCGCAACUGCAAAAAGGGAUGCAGUGCUAAAAGUGGUUGCAAAAAAGUCGGACUGUUUUAUUCUCUGGCAUGUACGAAUUGUCAAGGAAGGUCGUGCUCUAAUGUUGAAUCACCAACAGUGAAGGAUUCAUUUAAUUCCAACGAGGUGACAUGCGAUACAUCGCUAUUGCCGCAAUUUACUUGUACCCAGGAUGAAGAAGAAGAAGAACAAGAAGAAGAUCUAGAAGAAGAUCAAGAAGAAGAAUUUAAAUGUUACGAAUCAGACGAAUAA